UUGUUUAUGUGUUCGAACCACGCACUUUCCUUUGGACUGAAUCCAGGUUUUGGGUUGUGUUUACUCUAAAAAAUACUUGUUUCCAACAUCUUGAGAACUUUAGUAUAGAAAUAUGUUAUCUUUAAAUAUAAAAUCCAGGAAAUCCUAGACAGCUACGCAGUCGUUUAAAUAGAGCUGGACUGAUAUGACGAUUUAAACGAAGACUUCUUCAAGCAUAACCACCGAUUCAUUUACAAAUUUGUUCAACGAACGCCAAUGGUGUUAAAGUUAUGGAUAGAACAACAUUACUACUAUUGGUGUGUUGUCUAUUGAAUCAUCCUGCAAAUGUCUUGCCUAGUGAACCAAGAUGCCCGAAUAAGUUUCAAUAUGACGAACAGUUGCUUGAAAAGAUGAUUCGUAUGGAGAUAAAGUUCGAAGAAUAUGAGAAAAAAUUGGAACAAGCUAUUGCAUUGUUUAACAAAUCGAAAUUAGAUGUUGACAAGUCAAUUGUUGAAGGAAAAAAUGAAAUGAAAGCGCUAGGAAUGCAGAUAGAACACAAACAUGUACAGUUUGAAAAACAAAUGGACGUGGAUUUGCAAAAGUUGAAAAACCUUGCAGAUGAGGCCAUUGUCCCGAAUGUGCUUUUCCGUGCUGAGAACCCUACAAAUCUUCACAACCCGAGCCCGAUAGUGUUCACCAGGACGGUUUACAACUUUAGGAAUGGAUAUGACAACGGGACCGGUGUGUUCACAGUCCCCGUCGACGGGACAUACCUAUUCACAAUGCAUCUAUGCUCCGACGUAAGAAAAACCGUCCACUAUCACCUAGUUGUUGACGAUCAAGCCCACCUCGGCGGAAUGCACGGAAGCCUUGACUAUAAUUCCUGUUCUAGUGCAGAUGUUAUCGUUCCUUUAAAGACCAACAGCAAGGUGUUCGUGAAAUCAUCGUAUUCCGGUGAUGUUCUGUACGAGAACAGGUCCGAUAGAAGAAAUAUCUUCUCGGGUGUUUUACUUCACAAAUGAAAACAGUACUAGGAUGAUGAUUGAUAAGGUGUCAAAAGCAUAUACACGGUUCGGCACGGUACAGCGUAAAUUAACAACAACAAAAUAACACUGAAAACACUCAAAACAUAGGCUAUGUUAGAUAUUCAAAUAAUGUUUGCUUGCUUAUGCGACCAGAAUCGGUGUAUCUACACAUGAAGAUUUCUUAAAUAUCUAUAAAUUACAAUAUCAUCCUAAUUGGUCAACGGGACAGAUAUCUUCCAUACAUAUCCUUUUAUGACAACAUUAUUUAAGAAAAACUGAAAUAGAUAAAAAAACUGUUUAUUAAACAUGAGGCUGGAAUAUGGCGUACGAUAAACGCAUGGUUUAUUCCAUGUUUAUUUCCACAAAUCGGAUCUGGCUCAGCUAUUUUUCAGAAAAUGGACAUUCGGAAACAGUGUUAGACGCGAUAUUGAAAGUAGGCUACCUUAUGAGGUUUUUAAGAUUUUAAUAAAGUUAAUUGUUAAUUGUUUGACGACACGUAUUUUAUAUCAGGAAGAAUUCAUUAGUUGAUAGAAGAAACAUCCCUAUUGAGAACAUGGUUAUUUAUUUCGAGGUCCGUUUCAAAACCAAUAGGGAAAUUGCCGACGAAACACGUUACGUCCAUGAUGACGACAUUUUUUUAACAGCAGAUGCUAUUUUUUAUUGUUUAUCACAUAUAAGAAAGAACAAUUCAUGCUUGUAUGUAUUAAAAUUAUGAUAUUAAAGUGAAUAAAUAUAAACAUAGAUAAA